GAAAGACAGAAGCGUCAGCAGAAGUGGGCGGGGCCAGUGUUGUGUGAGUGAGGCGGUGACCGGUCUGCUCAGCACGGUCUCGGACACAGCGGACGCCAGGCACGGAGCAGCGGGUGUCAUCCAGGUCUCAAUAUGUUACCUGUGCCGUAUAUAUUUAGGAGAACCUGGGCAAUUUUCCUGAUUUUCCAUUCACAACUAAUCUGUAUUAGGGGAGAUUGUGGGCCGCCUCCAGUUAUCGAGCACACACAGCCAGUUGCAGAGACAUCCGGAGUCCCAGGUGCCACUGUUGCUUAUAAGUGUGACCGUAGCACUGGGUAUUACGAGAUUCCUAAUGAGACUAGAACCAUUACCUGUCAAGAUGAUGGCACGUGGUCAUCAGUGUCUACGUUCUGUACAAGAGCCUGUGGUGUUCCUAACAGACUCCAGUAUGCAGUGCCAAGGGACAGCGAUCUUGAAAAAGAUAUAUUUUCUCCUGGUACAAUCGUGAGAUAUGAUUGUAGAGAUGGUUAUAGGCGUGUUUCUCAGACAAUCAAUUCUGUUACCUGCCUUGCUAACUAUACAUGGUCUGAGCCAAGUGUAUUCUGCGAGCGCAAAUCAUGUGGGAAUCCUGGAGAUAUAGAAAAUGGAGACUUCGAGGCAACAGAUGGGUUUUUGUUCGGUUCCAGAGUGACUUAUACAUGUUAUACAGGUUAUCAAACGUUAAGCAGAAGAAAUUAUCGAGAUUGCCAAGCAGAUGGAACAUGGAGCAAUGAUCGUCCUCAAUGUGAAGCUGUUAUCUGCGCACCACCAGAGAGCCCAGCUGAUGGAACGUAUAACCCCACGAAGGAGGAAUACAGUUACUUAGAUGCAGUGACCUUUACAUGCAAUAAAGGUUUUCAUAUCGAUGGAGAAGCUACUGCAUCAUGCACUAGUGAUGGAACAUGGAGUACCGCCCCACCAAAUUGCAAAGCUGUUAACUGUCAAGAUCCAGGGCAAGUGGAACAUGCAAGGAAGACGUUUGGGUUCGUUGGCCCAUACACAUUAAAUUCUAAUGUGGGAUACGAGUGUGAAAGUAGCUUUGUCCUCAAUGGCUCCAGUUCAAUCAUCUGCAAUAUCAACAGUCAGUGGGAACCUGGAAUCCCAAAAUGCCUGAUUCCUUGCAAAGUUCCAAGUGUUUCAAAUUCCCGGCCGAUUGUGGGCUUGAAUAGAGUGUAUGUACAGGAUGAUGCUGUGAGGUUCGAGUGUGAGGCAGGCUUUGUUUUGAAUGGUUCACCUUUAAUCACCUGCAGCAGUCGAGGUCAGUGGGAGCCUUCUCCACCGAAAUGCGACGCUACAUGCACAUUUCCAGAGGUUGUCAAUGCACAGCCUAAGAUGGGCUUGAAGGCGUUUUAUGUUCAGCAUGAUGUUUUAGUUAUUGAAUGUAAGGAAGACUUUGUCUUAAGUGGCUCAGGCACUAUCAGAUGUAGCAGUCAAGGUCAGUGGGAGCCUCCUCCACCAGAAUGUAGGAAAAAAGCUACAUGCACAUUUCCAGAGGUUGCCAAUGCACAGCCCAAGAUGGGCUUGAAGGCGUUUUAUGUUCAGCAUGAAGUUUUAGUUAUUGAAUGUAAGGAAGACUUUGUCUUAAGUGGCUCAGGCACUAUCAGAUGUAGCAGUCAAGGUCAGUGGGAGCCUCCUCCACCAGAAUGUAUGAAAAAAGAUGAUGGAUCCGGUGGUGGUCUCAGCAAUGGAGUUAUUGCAGGAAUUGUUAUAGCCUGUCUGGUUGUGGUGGCUAUUGUGAUCACAUUGUGCUGUUGUUGCUGUUUAAAGCAAAAGUCAGGCGGGUGCUGCAGAAACAAAAUUUCAUAGUUGAUGAGUCCAGAUCACUGGGAUAUAUUGUGGUGGCAACUGGAAACCCAAGUCUGAUACUCCUGAUGUGCAUUACUCAGCUUGCAACGAUGCAUAAAUACAUCCAAGUACAGAGAAGAUCUUUAUGCCGAUGUUUGGCUUUCUGAGCACUGGAUCUUUUGCAAACCUUAUCAUGACUGACACUCUGGAGAGUGGGCCAAACCAUACUCGUCAAGAAUGUUACUUCUUGAGGUGGCUUCAAGCAGCCUCACCAUUUGAUCAAUCGAUGUGCCUCAUGUGUGCCUAUUAUACUCUUUCCCUAAUCUCUGCCUAAGAUUAAGUUAAUAGUACAGAGAAUUAUAUAAAUUAUGCAACCAGGAGAAUUGCUUAAAAGUAAUUGAAAUAUUUAUAAUAAUAUUUGUAGUGCAUACUACUAAGGGAAGUUUAACCCUUGCAUACAACCAUCUGAAAGGAGUCUUCAUUUUACUUUCCUAUGUAGUAUGCAAAUAAAGAUAGAAUGAAUAUCCCCCUUUAUUAUGUAAAGAGAACUGGGGAUAUUAUCAGUGGUGUGGAAAGAUGUCUGAAUUUACCACCAAUUGUGCAAAAUGUACCAAAAUGGCUGAAGUGGCAUAAUAAUAUAUUCUGCACAUUUUCUAAGGCACUUUACACCUUCAUUUUUGCGGUGGCUCAUUUGGCUAAGAAUGUAUACAUAUUACACAUACAUUGCAUAUCAGUUUUAGCUUUAUAUUUAACAUUCAUUUUAAGCUUAUUAAAAUUGUUAACCUUAGGAUAGGUCAUCAAUAUUAGAUUGUGGUGGAUACAGCUAUAGUUACCUCCACCCAUAAUCUGUUUGAAGAGACUGUGGUGCUUGGUCGAGCGUUGCAGCCUCUUCAUUGUUUGCAUCGGAUUUUAUACUGGUUUAUACUUGAAAGGGGUGCUAAGAGUUGAAUCCCCACCUGUCUAAUAUUGAUGACCUACGCAUAGGCCAUCACUUGUAAAAACCUGGAUAACCUCUUUAAUAUUUUCUACUACCACAAUGUGAUUUGAUAUGUGCACUUCACAGGCCAAUGAUUUCAUGAAGGGAAGGUCAUUUGUCUUUUGUUUCUUUUUAACCUCUUUUUCUUCUAUGAAAAGUUUGAUUUAUAAUAUUUUAUCUAAUCAAAGUGACUUUUGCUCAGGAUUUUCAGAUGAAGCUCUACAAUUUGUUUGUGUCAAGUUGUCAGUGAUGUGGUAGGAGAAGGAUAACCUUUUUUUUUUCAGUUUUGUUAUACUUUAGUUUUCAUUUUUUCCUAAGUCUGGUGGUGGUUUUAAGCUGUCAGCUGAUUUUUUUGUUAGUGUUUUUUUUUUUUUUAAAUCUUGUAAACAGUAUUUUAUAGCUUUGGAACAUGCCAGCAUUUUUUGUUGUUGUUGAAUACUCACUGUUCACACUGAGUGUUUAAGCCUUUUUGUGUAAUUGGCUCUUCUUCAAUUGGCUCUUCUAGAAGUUUUUGCUUGAAGCCACUUUAUUUAGGUUGCCUGUACAAAUUCAGUUUUUGAUCAGGUUUUCUCAUGCAGCUGUGAAGCGAAAACCAGGUGUGGAUUCAUGAAAAGAGGAGAAGCGUACUUGCUGCUUGGCGGUCCGACCACACGGCAAGCAUGGUUGUGAAGUGGCCGCACUAUGAUCAAGUACCGUGUGGCUGUACAGGCCACAGAUGGCUCUAAUUAAACUAAAGAGGAUUGCACUGUUUAGUCAGUCGGUAUUGUUAAUGGCCGCACGUCAGUCCUCAUUGGUCUAAUUGGGGCCCGCUGUGGCUUAUACGGCCAUAUGGUACUCGAUCUCAACGUUGCAACCGUGUCACAACCAAGCCAUGUAGUCAUCUCCCAAGUCAGGAAGAUAAUUUUCAGGUUAACUUGUGGAUGGUUUAGGUAUGGUUAUGUUUGCAGGUCUUCUCUAUUAGCAUUUAUAAUGUAGCAGAGAUUUCAAAUCUAGGUGACUGACUCUCUGCUGAUUUAGAAGGAAACUACAGGGCAGCAUGCAGUUAAGGCUACUUUCACAUUUGCGUUCAGAGCGGAUCCGUCUGAGACGGAUCCGCUCAUAUAAUGCAGACGAUGGGAUCCGUUCAGAACGGAUCCGUCUGCAUUAUAUUGUAAAAAAAAUUCU